UGGUAUGACCCUGUUGCGUUUUUUUGUGGAAUUAUUUGGGUUGCACUUUCCUAUACUUUUGUUUAACCAACUGCCUAAUGGAUAAAUAAAUUGGUUAUUUUCAUUAAAGCUAUUAAUGUUUUUAAUCAUUAAAUUAGAAACAAAAGGACUGCUUGUGAGAAAUUGGUAUUGGUUCACAGAAAAGUGAAUUUCAAAUGAUAUCUGUGAGUGGGAAUUGCGUUAACCAUUGAAAAAUGGGCACUAUAGCUUCUGUUUUACAAUGGAAAUGCGAAAUUUGUAAUAAUAUCGACCCUCAAAAAUGUAUAAACUGUGGUACAAUGCAAAGAAUUUUGUCGACAAGUGCAAAUAUAUCAGAAGACAAGAAGUGUGCGCAAAAUAGUCGAAUUUUGUUUUCAAACAAAGAGAAAGAUUUGUGUAAUGCUGAAGGGUCUGAAACUCUUCCUGCCUCAAGAUCCCUUUCCGACAAUGAUCCAUCUUCAAAUACCUCAUCGGAAGAGGAUGAAAUCAUAACCAAAAGUGAGCAUAAGAGGGUUUAUAAAUCUAUGCUUAGAGGUUGUCUACGAAGGCCACAACGCAACAAUAAAAAUUUGCCAUCAAAUUGUAUAGACUGUGAAGAUACACGGAAGUACGUUAAAACCUCCAUCGAGUUAUAUCAUCACUUUUCGAAUCCAUCGUUGAACCGACGAUGGGUUUGUAAUAACUGUGAAACUGAAAAUAGUUCAGUUACGUGGCACUGCAUUAUUUGCGACACGGUCAGCUAUUUGGCACCUAUAUAUAAAGAUACUAUUUUGAAUCGUGGUUACAGCUAUUAUAAACAAGGCAGCACAAAGCACUCAAUAGCGAAAGAUAAUAAAAAGAACAAGGUUUUCAAACGUCCUAAUUGCUUACGUAAAACUCAGAGUCUUACAACAGACCAAUCAGUCUCGUGUCGCAGUUGUCAUAUUUGCUUCGUAAAUAAUUGCAAAGACAUUUUUAACCUUCCAGACACGUUUAUGCUAAAAAGCGAUAAAAAGACAAGCGAUACACUCGGAGGAAAAAGUAUACAAACCACUUCCACCGAUAAUUGUACUCUCGAACCAAAAGGCAAUUUUACGAUAACAACACUUUCUAAAGGCAAUAAUGUCGAUCAAGAAAAAAGUAACUUCAUUUUACCAAGUUCUGGUGUUUUAAUAGCGGUCAAUGAUUGGGUCCCACAAACAACAAAUUCCUUGCUAAAGGAUCAAAAACGAAUUCCAAUAAACAACAUAGAAAAAUCUAUUAACUUUAUCGGACCUACUAGGGUCUUCAGAAAUGAACAUCUACAAAGUGGCUAUGCAAACUUCAAAGAUGAUAGAAGGCAGGAAUCACAACCAAUUUAUGAAAACAACACAAACCGAACAAUAAAUAUUAACGAUGAAAAUGUGAAUGCGAAGGAAAAUAAUCAACCGAUAUAUGCUAUAGUCAAUAAAAGUAAAAAAAUAAAGAAACAAAACAUUUCAGUAGACGAUGCAGUUGAGCAAGAUUUUUUACCCAAUUCAACCAGCCAUAAAGCAGAGAAACUUGAUAAUCUACCGAAAAUCUACAGCAAAACCAAAUGUAAAGGAGCUUUUAAUACUUGCACAGAUUUAGCGGUAAAAAUGAUUUCCAAUGAAAAUGUUCCACAAAGCGAUUAUGCAGACAUCGAUACAGUUAACAUAAGCGCUAACUCGAUAACUUCAGAUCAGAAAAUGGAUAUUAAUGCUGAGCACUCAAUAUAUGCAAAGGUGUGGAAAGGCCCUCGGAAAACCAGUGAAUCAAAAAUAUUAAAUUCAUCUUCGAAUCGAUGUGGACUGCAUGAUGACAAUAAUAUGCUCAAUAACACAAGGAGAACGUGGACAUGCUCAAAGUGUUCCUAUGCAUACAAUCGUAUUUGGACAGAUAGUUGUGAAAUUUGCGAAUCUGUUCGUAGUCAACCGACUAUGGAACAGCCUAGUUUAAUAACGGUAACGAAGUCUGAACACUCAAUAACACACCCUGAUCGGCUUGACGGCCAGUGGACGUGCAAAAAAUGUACAUUAGUUAACGAUCCAUCAUCAAUCGCUUGCGCAGUAUGUGGAGGUUCGAAGUUACGAAGUAUUUGCUCAAUCGAGGAUAUGACAUUGCGUAAAGGUGAAUUUUGGACUUGCAGUAAAUGUACCCUAAAAAACAAUCUAUCUACCGGAGUAUGUAUCGCAUGUAAAUCAGUACGAUCACUCCCCAUUGAACCCAAGAGACUACAGUUAAAUGAAGUCGAUACCGAAGAAACAAUUUCUUCCAAUUCGAUGAAUUGCAACUCUCCUUUGGGACAACCUCUUAUGAUUAAGACGGUAAAUUUACAACCAAGUCAAGCAAAGGUGUCGAGGAGCCCUUCACCUCGACAAACGCGGAGUUCAUCAGGUGCCAUUCCUAAGAGACACAGUACGGGUGGCAGUAUAUUAACUCGAAACACGAGUUCUACUAUGACUUCCGUUUCACCAACAGCGACAUCAAGCGAGAGUAACAGUCAGCAUGCGAUCAGUGUUAGUAGUAGCCAUAAUACUAUAUCAUCCAAAAUAUGGCAGUGCCCAGCGUGCACUUAUGAAAACUGCUCAGCUUCUGUGGUUUGCGACAUGUGUUCUAGUCCCCGAGGCUUAGCUUGCAAUUUAACCGAAGUGGCAUUACCACUGUGUGGAAAAAUUACAAUAGACAUUCGGCAAGAAAGCAAACUUAUGGAAAAUCUGCGACAAAAUGAAGAAAAGGAGGCGCUAAAUAAAUGGAAGAAUAUUAUCCAGUACUGUAGUGAUAACAACGAACUUUUUGUCGACGAUUCAUUUCCUCCGGCGCCAAAAAGUUUAUAUUACAAUCCAACCAAUAGCAUUCCUGAUGGCAAUCCGGUUGUACAAUGGAGACGUCCUCAUGAGAUUAGUUGUGAAGGCGGAGUUUUUCCGCCUUGGGCAGUUUUUAGAACCCCACUUCCAUCUGACAUAUGUCAAGGUGUAUUGGGAAAUUGUUGGUUGCUCAGUGCCCUUGCUGUUUUAGCCGAACGCGAAGACCUCGUUCGAGAAGUGUUAGUGACAAAAGAAAUAUGUUUACAGGGAGCCUAUCAAGUGCGCCUAUGUAAAGACGGAAAAUGGAUAACAGUAUUGGUUGACGAUUUGUUACCUUGCGACAAACGCGGACACCUCGUUUAUUCCCAAGCGAAAAGAAAACAACUAUGGGUUCCUUUAAUUGAAAAAGCGGUAGCAAAAAUUCAUGGUUGUUAUGAAGCUCUGGUUUCUGGGCGUGCGAUUGAAGGUUUAGCUACCCUAACGGGAGCACCCUGUGAAAGCAUUCCGUUGCAAGCAAGUUCGCUUCCAAUGCCCAGUGAAGAUGAAUUAGAUAAAGAUUUAAUUUGGGCGCAAUUACUAAGUUCGCGUUGUGUUCGCUUUUUAAUGGGUGCUAGUUGUGGUGGAGGCAAUAUGAAGGUGGAUGAAGACGAAUACCAACGAAAAGGUCUAAGGCCUCGUCAUGCGUACUCCGUGCUAGAUGUUAGAGAUAUUCAAGGCCACCGUUUAUUAAAGCUCCGUAAUCCAUGGGGGCAUUACUCCUGGCGUGGAGAUUGGUCCGAUGACUCUGAACUUUGGACCGAGGACUUAAGAGAAGUUUUAAUGCCGCACGGGGCAUCAGAAGGUGUUUUCUGGAUUUCUUUUGAGGAUGUAUUAAAUUAUUUCGAUUGCAUUGAUAUUUGCAAAGUACGCUCUGGAUGGAAUGAAGUCCGUUUGCAGGAUACGUUGAAACCGUUAUGUUCCAUUUCAUGUGUUCUGCUUACGGUGUUGGAGCCAACGGAAGCCGAAUUUACACUUUUCCAAGAGGGACAACGGAACUCAGAAAAAUCUCAGCGUUCGCAGCUUGAUUUAUGUGUUGUGAUAUUCCGAACUCGUUCGCCAGUUUCACCAGAGAUUGGGCGACUGGUAGAGCAUAGUAAACGGCAGGUGCGCGGAUUUGUGGGCUGCCAUAAAAUGCUAGAACGUGAUAUAUACUUACUAGUUUGUCUUGCAUUUAAUCAUUGGCAUACUGGAAUCGAAGAACCUCAUCAAUAUCCUCAGUGUAUUUUAGCCAUACACAGUUCUAAACGUCUACUUGUAGAGCAAAUUACGCCUUCGCCACAUUUGCUAGCUGAUGCAAUAAUAAGUCUAACUUUAACAAAAGGUCAACGCCACGAAGGAAGAGAAGGAAUGACUGCUUACUAUUUAACAAAGGGAUGGGCAGGACUUGUCGUAAUGGUUGAAAAUCGUCACGAAAAUAAAUGGAUUCAUGUUAAAUGUGACUGCCAAGAAAGCUACAACGUUGUAUCCACAAGAGGUGAAUUAAAAACGGUGGACUCGGUACCGCCUUUGCAAAGGCAAGUCAUUAUCGUUUUAACCCAACUAGAAGGUAGCGGUGGUUUUAGUAUUGCCCAUCGCCUAACCCAUCGUCUUGCAAAUUCCAGGGGACUUCAUGACUGGGGACCUCCAGGCGCAACGCACUGCCCACCAAUAGAAAAUGUUCAUGGAUUGCAUGCACCUCGUUUGAUUACUUAACUUUUCAGCAUUCUAGUCUACAUUUCACUAUACUGAAACAUACAUAUUUAUAAAUACAAGUACGAUAUACACAUAUACGUAGGAUUAAUAAAUAAUUUAAAUGUUUUGUUUUCCUAGUAAUGUAAGACAAAAGUGAAUAAAGACCACAUUGAAAAUAAAUGA